AUGUCGUCGGGUACUGUUAACUUCCCCGCCAUUCUUGUAACUGUCACCUGUAAUCCGCGCAGGUGUGUCCGCACCCCCCUGAGUGGACGAGAAAGAAAGGAUUUAUCGGAGACUUUGUUCCAGACCCGGGAGUCGACUUUCCCGUAUGAGCAUUCGAUAGGUCGUCUGAGGGUUCGCCGCGGUUCAUUGCUGUGCUUACACACUAGGCUACCCUUCUCCGAAAGCUCCGCGGGACCACCUGCCACUAGUCUUCGGCCGGAGGGGUUUAUUGCACAAAAACGUCGGGACGCAGGCUCCCGAAGAGGGAAGCCCAACGAAUGUCUCUGCCGAAGUUCAACCGGCAUUGACCGCAGAUUGCGAGAACGUGAGCUUCAUGCCUUCUAUAGAAUUUUUAGGUCAGUUCGUGCCACUAGAGAGUAUGGAGAUGGCUCCUUCCACCCGGUCCUAGACAUAAAGACUCAUGGGUCUCGCCCUUUUGGUCAUACCCCUGGGCUAAGAAGACCGUGUCAAGCCUUGGAUUCGACUUUGGGCAAUGCCACUUCGAAAGAAAGGGAAUCGGAGAGAUCUUUGAACAGCAGAAAAGACGGAUCUGAGAACAUAGCCAUAGUUACGGUUUCAGGGCUUAGAGAGACUGGACGCGUACCAAACGAAGAUCGUGUCUAUUUACGCUAA